UAAUUCACCACAAACUCAAAAUUAUCUAAAAAAGGAAAAACCGUUCGCUGAUGGUGGAACCUGGAACGUGUAACGUGUAAGCCGUUACGAUUGGUUCAUUCCGUUCCAUAUAUGUCGAGGACCGUAUGCAUGAUGUCAUGUCAUGGGUGGGGUCCCAAAUUGACUGAAUAAAAAACAAAACAAAUAGAGUAAAAAAGAAAAGAGUAAUUUUGGGUUUUUCUUGGUAUUGGCGUUUUAAAAGUUUGAAGAGAGGAUCAGUGUCGGCUCUCGGGUCCUGUUCUCUGCUCAAACUGCAAGUCAGUCCUUUUUGCAGCCCACAAACACAAUGCAAAAGGGCGCACUGCCACUUUCCAGUUUUCACUCAUCAAAAAGGCUACUUUUCACAUAAUUUGUCUUCUUCCUCCUGUACACAUAUCCCGUUUUCUCUAUUGGUUUAAGAAUUCAGACUCCUUUUGCUCUCCUGGAAGUUGGAACUCGAAUGCUCUGAGGACUGAGGACGGGGAGAGAGCUGGAUUGCCAACUCCAUCGCAUUCUCUCCGAAGGCGGUCCCAUCCCAUCUUCAGUUGCGCAAUUCAAUUGGCCAUGCCGUGUUAAAUGUUUGAUAUGCACAGAAUGGUGGAUACAACAUCCUGUCAAUGGCUACAUCUUCUUCUUUUGGGACUGCUGUGGUUCAAAACACAAGGGGUUUACGUCCCAAUUACCUAUGUUCCAAGUGCAGUAGCGAGAGGAGCUGUUUGUUUGGAUGGAAGUCCGCCAGCUUACCACUGGGACAGGGGAUACGGAACUGGAAUUAACAGUUGGUUAAUUCAGCUUGAGGGAGGAGGAUGGUGCAAUAAUGUCACUAGUUGCCUGGUUCGCAAAAAUACUCAUUUAGGUUCCUCUAAAAGAAUGGUCAAGCGAAUUCCUUUCUCUGGCAUAUUGAACAACAAACAUCAAUUCAAUCCAGACUUUUACAAUUGGAACAGAGUCAAAGUCAGGUAUUGUGAUGGAUCAUCAUUCACAGGCGACGUGGCAGCAGUCAAUCCAGUCACUAAUCUUCACUUCAGAGGUGCGAGGGUCUGGCUUGCUGUCAUGGAGGAUCUGUUGGCCAAAGGAAUGAGAAAUGCUGAAAAUGCUGUUCUUUCCGGAUGUUCAGCUGGUGGAUUGGCGUCCAUUUUGCAUUGUGAUAGCUUCCGAGCCCUCCUACCUAUGGGUACUAAAGUAAAAUGUCUUUCAGAUGCUGGUUAUUUUAUCAAUGCGAUGGAUGUGUCUGGAGGACAUUAUAUUGAAGCUUUCUUUAACCAAUUAGUUGCAACACAUGGAUCAGCAAAGAAUUUGCUUCCAUCCUGCACUUCAAGAAUGAGACCCGGUCUGUGUUUUUUCCCAGAAUACAUGGCGCAGCAAAUACAAACACCUCUUUUUAUUAUCAAUGCAGCAUACGAUUCAUGGCAGAUACGAAACAUUUUGGCACCUGGCAUUGCUGAUCCCCAUGGCUACUGGGAGAGCUGCAAGCUUGAUAUAAAGAACUGCUUGCCCAGCCAAAUCAAAACUAUGCAAGACUUCAGGUUGCAAUUCUUAGUUGCACUGCUUCGACUAGGCAAGUCUUCAUCAAGAGGAAUGUUUAUAGACUCAUGCUAUGCCCAUUGCCAAACUGAGAUGCAGGGAUUAUGGCUUAUGCCAGACUCGCCAUUGUUGAAUAAAACCUCAAUCGCCAAGGCAGUAGGAGACUGGUUUUAUGACCGGAAUCCGUUCCAAAAGAUAGAUUGUGCUUAUCCUUGCAACCCCACUUGCCACAACCGCAUUUAUGAACAGCCGGCUCAUCACUACCCCAAUUUUUAGAUCGUCUUUUCUAAUUCUAUAUACAUAUAUAGAUAUAUACAGAAACCAUUAUUUAGGUUGAAUGCAAUGAAAUUUACGAUUGGUCAAGUCCUCUAAAUAAGCAUAGACCACCACUGCACUAAACUUGUGUGCUGGGUGGCUUCAUUCUUUGUGUAUUCAGAUUCUCAUUCUUAAUAAAUCAAUUUUUUUCCAAUCUAAAA